GAGGAGUUUCAAGGGGACCCCGGGGCGCUGCUAGAGAUUGAUGAUGACGAUGAGAUUGAGCAGCGCUUUUCUCGGGCUUUAGCCGCCAUUGAAGAAGUUGCUGGUGGUGGUGGUCAUAUUCAGCUUCGAAAGGUUCUCCAGAGCACGCAAGGAGAGAUCCAGGAGCUCCGCGAUGAGUAUCGCACUGUGAAGAAGCAAAAUAAUGUUCUUUACGCUCUACUUCCCGCGAACAAGAGGCGGGACUUCGACAGAGGUCUUUCCCUCGAGACCAUCAUUUAUCAGUCAAAGUUCUUAUCUCUUGGUCGCUUGUUCCCCCUUCUCAUUCGCCCUUGGGUGAAAGAGGGUUCCAUCCCGCCAUCUCCUCUAGCCCGGGAUGUUGACCCUGCUUCUCCUGACCGCUGGACGAAUUCACAGUCCGAGGUCCUUGCUGCUAUGGCUGAUGUCUACAGGUUUCUUUCUGAUGACCCUUUGCGUGAUCUCAUCGAACAGGAUCCAGAAUUAGGGACCGAGUUUAUUAAAGGUGUCAAUCUAGCGCGUCGCGGAUACAUGGGCGAGCUGCGGAAGUAUAGAAGCACCAUUUUCCCCGGUCCGCUGACAGCCGAAAGGAAACAGCGUCUGCUCAAGAGAUCCGUUAAAUCGAAGAAGUACAGCCGAUAUGCGCCAGUCCUGUACCCAGACCCCGACGCUCUUCAUGAGCCGGAUUUCCUCAAGUCGAUGCCUGUUGUUGAUACGCUGAUCAUUAAGCUCUUUGGCUUCAGCGGUUUGAGCAUCCACUGCAAACCGAGGCCGAAGGGCAAGUCCAAAGGUGCCAGUGUCACCAAGAUCACCCCGGAAAUGGUUGCCACAGCAGCAAUUGAUGUUCGGUACCUGCUCACUGACGACCCGGAGUAUGUCACUCCUGGCGCACCCUCUGGCAUACCGUACGCUAGCGACAGGGACGAACUGCUGAAGCUUUUGUAUACAGCAGACCCGAAGUGGGGGAACGACGUCAUGGAGUUUUAUGACUAUCAGAUCCUGGGUAUUCCUCCGAAAUCGACUAGUUCUGACACAGACAAGCAAGGAGGGGCCACUGCUGCUGACGAAGAGGACGAAGAGGUGGCAUUCUUAGCCGGUCUCAACCAGCAUUACAACGAGGCUGGUACAUCUUCUCCCACUGAUCCAUCCACCGGUGAUCCUGCCAGCGCAGAAGUCAAUACCCUCGCACAACAAAUCGGAGCACUUGGGCUAUCUCCCCACCGCACUGGCCCCAACCUGGAUCAAGAACCUGGUAAUAUCGCAGUUGAUCCUGCACAAAGGCUUUCUUCUGCAUCUUCUCGACGUACAAGUCAGCAGUACAUGUCCGCUUCCCCGAAAUCAAUCUCGGCUGCAGCUCAGGUGGCAAACACUCCUCCGAGCUUGGGUGAUCAGACUGAUGACACCACCGACUCGGAUGGUGGAGAAACCAUCGAGGCUGUCAGCCAUGUAGCCCAAGUGAAGGGGAGAGCACUUACACGGGCUCCUGCUCAUGCACUCAUUGGCUCUGCUGGUCCGGUUUCUCGAUCGCAGUCGCUGUCCCAUGGCGCAAUCAGCGCGAACACUGCGGCAGCUCAGGUUCAGGCAGCACGGGGAAGAGCGUCGACGUUGUCAGUGUCCGCUCGUUUUAUCCUCGCCAGCACCACCCGUGACGCUCUCUCUACCCUCCUCCACCCCUUCAGACCCUUUUCUAUAUCCCAAGGUCUCCUCAACACCCUCGCCUGCUCCCGUCACCCGCUCCCCUCAACACCCUCGCCCGCUUCCCUCAACGCCCUCGCCCGCUUCCCUCAACGCCCUCGCCCGCUUCCCUCAACGCCCUCGACCGCUUCCCUCAACGCCCUCGCCCGCUCCCCUCAACGCCCUCGCCCGCUCCCCUCAACGCCCUCGCCCGCUCCCCUCAUGUUCUCAUCGACGUCCUGGGGCUUUCCAUCACUCCUCAUUGUCCUCUAA